AUGGCUAUUGAUUCAAUCAUUGAUUCUGACAAUAAAUUUGCCAAGGAGACUAGAGAUGGAUUAGCUUACUUGAAGAAUUUAACGGCCAACCUGGAAAAUUGGACUCUCACCGAAGAGCAAGAUAACGUGAAGCUUUACAGUAAAAAGUUAGACGAUCCUAAUGCUCCUCCUCUUGUCCGUGGUGAUACGGUUCUAUCUGAUCUUCCUCCUGGCUGCACUCCAUUUGAGGUAGCAACUGUUGCAACUUUACCUGGUUGUAGAAAAAUUUGGGACGAUCGAUUUGACCAAGCUAAAAUGGAGGAGUAUUAUACCAGAUUUGAGGCUCUGUUCUGGGUUAAACACAAGGCACCGUGGCCCAUCAGCCCUCGUGAUUUUGUCGGUACAACGAUCCGCGAUAUUGAUCCUAAUGUAUGCUAUACUUCCAUGAUCUCAGUACAAGAUGAUCGAAUUCCCGAUACACCCAGAACAGUUCGUGGCAAAAUCCUUAUAUCUGGCUGGAAAGUGGAUCAACAGGGUAACAAUAUUGGCAUCACCUACGUAAAUCAAGUUGACUUGGCAGGCUAUAUUCCUGCAGCAUUUUUGAGAAAGUUGCUGCUCCAGAUUCCCUUGUGUGCUGGCAAAGUUCGAAACUAUAUUCGCGAAUUUGGGUUUGUUCCUAGCCUAAAACUUGUUUCAAACAAGGUCGAGUUCAAGGGAGAGGACUUUGACCACGACAAUAGAGCAUACACUGUCCAAUUGAGCGGCGAUGCUCGUGAUCACGAAGUUGCUCAGAUCACUUGUUCCUCGAAGAUGUAUCCUGAAGGUGUUUCUGUUGUAUUGACCGGUGGAAAGGGUGAUAUCAAGCAAGAGACAGACGCCAACGAAAACCCUUGCAUUACUUUGAAGAACCUGGUUGGAGAUGUCAAAAUAGUUAUCACUAAAGCCAAGUAA